AGACACCUGGCUAGAAAGUUUCUGUACCUUUGGAUAAGAAGGACAUUUGGAAGGGUUCUGCCAUCCACUGCUAGACAUCAUUAUUCCCAUGGCUUGCUGCGCUUCUGCUUUGUCCAGUGGAAGGAGGAAUGGUGGAUAGCAUGUAAAGAGUGGAGGCUUGGAGUUCGAGCUGACUGCCAUUACAGGUAUAUUUGUUACAAGAUGUGUUUCUUUGCGUGGAGGAAAUUUGUGCAGACACAGCGGGAGACUAAACAGAAGUAUCAGGUUGCAAAGUGCCAUGCUCAAAAGCAGAUCAUGUGUCAGGUAUGGCAUCACUGGAUUAUCUAUGUGCAUAUCCGCAGAACCAAGCAACACAUGCUCUCUGAAGCUCUGGAGUUCAGACAAAAUGGAGACCUACACAAUGCUUGGCACAUGUGGGUGGUCCAGUUCCAUCGUAGACAAAGAAUCCAAGAAAUAGAAAUUCUGUCCUUAAAACACUGGGCUGUGAGCUUGCAAAUGAGGGUAUGUCAGACUAUGCGAGUAUAGCCUCAUUUAAAAUC